AUGGCUUCCAUCAGUGUCACCAUGUUAUCAAUUGCAUUGCUCAUUGGAUCCGCAAUGGCGUCAAUAUCUCCGGCCACGGCACCGUCAACUCUUCGUACAGCUCCAAGGCCGUCUCUGUCAUCUGUCUCUCCGUCGCCGUGGCUAUCGGUGGCUGAGACACCUGUCUCACUAGCUAUUCCUUCGAGCAUUGUCGUUCCGCCAUCGUCUCAACCCAUCAGCUCUCCUCCUUCACCGCCUACUAAACCAGCUACUCUGCCUACGGCUGACGGUUUCGCGCCUGCUCCUGCGCCUAACGACGCCAUUUUGAACGAAGUAACUAUUGGGUUCUUAGCCGUUGGGUUUUUAGCAGUGGCUUUAUCAGUGUAG